GGUAUUGGUGAAUGCAAUACAAGUUCUAAAAGCAUGGAAUAACAGCUUGAUCAGUUUUCUCCAUUAACGUCAGCAAGCAAUGCAGUGUUCGGAGUCGGAGUCGCCUCAGCACGAAUAUUGCCGCCAUUAACACCGGGCCAUGACGUCACAGCUGAACUGAAGCAUGGCGGGCAACUUAUUGAAACGCUUGAUAUAUACGUCUUUAUUCAUAAGCGCCGCAGCCGAGAACUCCAGCAUCGAUAAUGCGCCAGGGAAAUGGACAACCUACACGGGCCCGACCUACCGCAAGGAAAUCUUUCCCAAAAAUGACACGUCCGAGCCCUUGGAAGUGGGAAUUUCUGUCCUGGUGAGAAACUUGCCGAAGAUUGACGAAGUAAAUGGAGUCAUGUUCAUGGAGGUCAACCUUCGAGUCAAGUGGCAGGACCAGCGCUUGACGAUUCCUCCUUGGCUGGCCGCUGAGGAUUACAUUCCCCUCGAUCCUGUUAUUCUCAAGGAUAUAUGGGUGCCUGACCUUUACAUCGAUCACAGUUCCGAAGCUAUAACGCCAUCUGUACUAACCAGCAUCGCUUCAGUGUGGAUAUAUGGAGACGGGACCGUAGACUACUCGGGGAACAUGUUUAUUCGUGUCGCGUGCCGCAUGAAUUACACCUGGUUCCCCCGUGAUCAUCAAAUAUGCAGUAUUAGGAUUGAGAGCUAUGCCUACACCCUGAACUACAACGUGUACAAGUGGGUUCCUCCUGGCUUGGAAAUCGGCGAAGACAUCUCGAACGAGCAGUUCUAUAUUCGCUUUGAGAAAACGGAGCCUUACACGCGAGAACAGGAUGUCUACGGUACUUACCCCGCUCUGGCGUUCCGGGUCCACCUGACGCGGCAGAUAACGUACGUCCUCCUGCAGGUGUACCUACCGUCGGGCCUGUUCGUGGUGGUGUCCUUCGUGUCGUUGCUGGUGCCCCCCGACGCCAUCCCGGGCCGCAUGACCCUCUGCAUUACCACGAUCCUUACCAUGUCCGCGCUCCUGGGGGUCGCCAUGCAGUCCACCCCACAGGUCAGCUAUACCCGUGCUAUAGAUGUUUGGCUGCUCGUCUGUCUGUCUAUAGUUAGUGUUGUGUUGCUGGAGUUCGGGAUUGUUAUCAAGUUGAGGGAAAGGGAGAAAUUACAGUCCAAGUCACAACCAGCAGGGCGGUUUAUAAAGACACAGGUCCAGCCCAUCUCAGGGAACCCGACUGUUAACAAAAAAGAAAGUGCGUGCUUCGCCGUCACCUCAGACAUUGUAGAAAGGGCGUCUCUGGUGCUCCUGCCUCUCGUUUUCCUCGUCUUCAAUGGAGCUUACUGGGCGUGGUUCCUGGCGGGCUCUGAAUCAGCCAUGCCGCAGGGACUCAGCACGAACAGCACUUUGUGAACGGAUGUGUGGCUGUGAUUCGUUCAGCUGCAAGGAGCAUCCUCAGCUGACCUUUUUAUUUUUCCUAGGGCUCAAGUUCAGCUUCGGGAAGCACCUUCAAUUGACCUUUUUCCAGGGUUUCAUAUUAAAAGCACGCCACAUGUU